UCUGAGGCCCUUCGUCUCUGUUUAGAAAUGGAUGAUAGCGUUCUUCUAAGAGAGUGGUUCGACCGAGUUGACUCAGGGAAAACCGGAAGCAUCACCGCUCCUCAACUCAAGAGCGCUUUCGUCAUGGGUAAUCUCAACUUUCCUCUUUCUGUCGUUCAACAAAUGAUCAGGAUGUAUGAUUUUGAUAGAAAUGGCACCAUGAGCUUUGAAGAAUUUAUUGCUCUCAACAAGUUCCUCGUCAAGGUCCAGCAAGCCUUCUCUGACUUAGAGAGGAAUCGUGGAUUCCUUGUAAUUGAUGAUGUUUACGAGGCAUUAAACAAAAUUGGGUUUUCUUUGGAUUCUCCUGCGUUCUACACAGUAUGUGAGAGCUUUGAUCAGAAAAAGAAUGGGAGAUUGCAGCUUGAUGACUUCAUAUCGCUUUGUAUAUUUCUGCAGUCUGCUCGAAAUAUGUUUAAUGCAUUCGACACUGGAAAACAAGGCAGGGUUACUCUUGAUCUGAACCAGUUUGUUUACUGCGCUGCCAGCUGUAGAAUAUGACCUGGACAAGUGCAGGUAAAUUGGACUUGAGAAAUAACUCUGUGAAUUCAGAUGUUCUGUUUGGAAAAAACUUGUUGACAAGGGUGGUUCAUUUGAAAUUUUUCAUGUAUAUAUCUUGUAUGUAUGAUGAUGUUCUGAAAAUUCAAAUGAAAUAAGGGGCAGUGAUGUCCAUGUUAGUUUGUUGGAGUGGUAGGGAUCCAUGAACGUGGGGGCUCCAUAGGGGCACAAUCUUUAACUUGUAAAACCAA